GUUCGGAUUUAUUACUAAAAAAAUGUAAUCCCUUCCCAGGACCAGAGUAGCUUUUCUGGCAUGGAGGGUAACUCUUUGAUCGUCUGGAAUUGGGCUACGAAUAGGACACUGACGAAUUAUCGUCCAGACAUCAAGGGGAAAAUCUUGCAGAUCAAGUUCAUCGAUAGCGCCGGCUCCUUGGACAUCGUGUCCGCCAGCUACGAUGGCCAGAUGCUGCGGACCAUUGUUCCACCUUCCGGAGGUGCGCCCAUGUCUAGCCACUGCCUCUACACGCACAGCGGUUGCGUGGCCGAUUUCGAAAUAGUGCCGCGUAGCCGUCACGAGAUAUUAAGCGUCGGUGAUUGUGGAAUUGUGAAGUUCUUUGACCUGCGCUCCAGCAGUGCAGCCACCACAGCAGUGCAGUGCGUCCAAACAAGAGGAGAGAGGACCUGAACACUAUCGCCCACCAUCCCUUUGCUACGGAAUUCUGCGUUGGCGGAGACGAUGUUAAGCUAAACGCUUACGACAAGCGAACAAUGACAGAGGCCGUUCACGAAAUUACACCACGACAUUUUAAAGAUGCGAACUUGUACGAUAAGCCGGACAUCACUUCUGCCGUCUACAAUCACAGCGGUAGCGAGCUUCUGGCCCGCUACAGAAGAACAGGCAACUAUUUGUUUGACAGCCGCAAUUACACGGAUGGCGAUUUUUUGCACUACUACAGAAAGCAUUUUCGCGAGAUUAAUUUCUUUGGUCCCCGAUCGGAUUACAUUGUUAGUGGCGAUUUCAAUGGUACAUAUUUCUGGGACAAGAACACGGAGGAAAUCCUCUGCGAGAAUAUGGACGAAAAGUCCAAGACGGUAAUCUGCCUUAAGCCGCAUCCCUGGAAGCCCAUGCUGGCAACCGCUGCAUUAAUAAAGCCUGGAAUCCAUAUCUGGAUUCCUAAUGGCCCUAUAGUGUAAAAUUAAUUGAGAUCCAUUUAAAUUAACAAAAAUUUCCAAAUAACAGGAAUAAAUAUGUACAUUA